UGAACUUCAAAAAUUGUAUGAUGAGAAAUAUUUCGAUUUGGUAAUAUAUAACGAGCAUAAAGACGACGUUAAAUAUGAAACAUAUAUAAAGCUUCAUGAACUAAUUACACAAUACAAGGAUUUUGAUGCAUAUAAAGAAUCAAGUGAAUUCCCCCCAAAAAAUAAGGAAUGUAAAUCUGCUCGGAAAUAUUCAAAAUCUUAUUAA